UAAUAAUUGAUCAGGAAAAGCAAUUUUGAAAUAGUUUCUUUGCUUCCUAUUCACAACUUUGGAAUCAGGAUCUAGUUCAUGCAUUUCCCAUCAAUCUUUCUUAUAUUCCAUUCCAAUUCAGUUGGAUCACUACAUCCUAGUCUCUUUUUUUUUCCAAAAGGGGAAAUGAUGAAUCGAGCCCUUAUUAACAAAGUGAAAGUUCACAUGGAGAGGUGGUAGAGGAAUUAAAGAACUCAACUUCCCCUGCAUUGCUACUUUUUAUGCCAUGACUACAGGUGAAGGCUCAAAAGGGGAAAUGGAGGGCAAUACUACUGAGAGAUAUGGCAAGAUCAAGAAAGGUUCCUGGUUAGACCAAUUUCGACAUGGCUCUAAUCCUUGGAUGGCUAGAUAUCUUUACGCCUUGUUGUUUCUCAUCGCUAAUUUAUUAGCUUGGGCUGUUCGUGAUUAUGGCCACAGCAUUUUGAAAGAAAUGAAGAGACUUAAAGGAUGUAAUGGUGGUGAAGACUGUAUGGGUGCAGAAGGAGUAUUGAGAGUAAGCUUGGGGUGCUCCCUUUUCUAUUUCGCCAUGUUCCUCUCUACAGCUGGUACUUCAAAAUUAAAUGACCGUAGAGAAUUAUGGCACUCAGGAUGGUGGUCUGCCAAGCUUUUCAUGAAUAUUUCUCUAAUUAUACUGCCCUUUCUUCUUCCAGCAGAGAUUAUUUCAAUCUAUGGCCAGGUUGCACAUUUUGGUGCUGGGGUCUUUUUACUAAUCCAGCUUAUAAGUAUAAUCAGUUUUAUCACAUGGAUGAACGAUUGUUGUCACUCUGAAAAAUAUGCUGUGAGAUGCCACGUCCAAAUGAUGUUACUUGCAACAGUUGCAUAUGUUGUAUGCAUCCUGGGGAUCAUCUUAAUGUACAUUUGGUAUACGCCUCAACCAUCGUGCCUUCUUAAUAUUUUCUUCAUCUCUUGGACGUUAGUACUCCUCCAACUCAUGACCAGUGUUUCUCUCCACCCCAAGGUGAAUGCCGGUUUCCUGACUCCAGGUUUUAUGGGGCUAUAUGUGGUGUUCCUCUGCUGGUCUGCCAUCAGAAGUGAGCCUGCUGAGCAGAAAUGCAUCCGGAAAGCAGAAUCACCAACUGGAAAAGGAGACUGGUUCACCAUCAUAAGCUUUGUUGUAGCGGUCCUUGCAAUAGUCAUUGCAACAUUUUCAACUGGAAUCGAUUCAAAAUGCUUUCAGUUCAAGAAGGAUGAUGCACCUGAAGAAGAUGAUGUACCAUAUGGUUAUGGAUUCUUUCAUUUCAUCUUUGCGACAGGAGCUAUGUAUUUUGCAAUGCUAUUAAUUGGAUGGAAUCCUAAUCACGCCAUGAAGAGGUUUACAAUAGAUGUUGGUUGGACCAGUACUUGGGUAAGGAUAGUGAAUGAAUGGCUUGCAGUUUGUGUUUACAUAUGGAUGCUCGUGGCUCCGAUCAUAUGGAAAAGCAGGCAAUUAGCAACAUCAAAUGUGUGACAGACUUCACAUUGCUACGAUUGCUUCAAUUCUUAUGACUGGCCUUCGUGGAUUUCAUGCCUGUCCCGGAGAAAAGGAAGCUAGUCUCCGCAUAUGCACUAUUUGAAGACAAAUGUCUUGUUUAAUCACCUCUCUCCAAGCUAAAAACACUAUAUAAUAUGGAUCGGAGAGAGCAAGUCUGAUUAAAUUUUAACCCUUUGUAUGUGGAAAGCAGAUCUUUAUACAUGUAAAUGUCAUUGCUUAUGUAACGUUAUAGAAUCUUGAUUUCUUGAUUUAUUUCUUACAACAAA